AGAGAAGGAGGCAGGAAGGAAUAUGUUGGAGGGAAAAUUUCAUGAAAAGCAAAAAUGUCUCAGACAGCAGGUGGCAGCAUUGAAUUGCUGAAAGAAAGAGACGAAGGGCGUAAACCAACCACUUUUUAUAGGCGUGGUCACGCGAAGCAAUGGGCGUAACUUGACAUUGCUCUGGAUGUUUUGAAGCUUGCUGAGUGCCAAGCUUUCCCGAGGGUUACAGAGAAGGAUUUCUGGCUGUUGGCCUGAAUUAAGACAUGAAGAAAUACAGAGAACGAUGGAGAGCAAAUUCUGCAUUUUGACCGAAACAGAAGACCUCAAAACCCUGAUUUCGAGCACCGAGGAGAGUCUGCAAAUUGAAAGGACCAAGACAUUGUUUGAGGAGAUCCGUGCAUCCAUCAACAACAAUGAUGAAGAGGACCGUUCCUUUUGGAGGCCUGUGCUCCCAUGGGGGGGCGUGUACACCAUCAGGGCAGGGAGGAAGGCCAUCUCAUGCACCCCUCUGUAUGUUAAGAUAAGCCUAAAGAACACCUGCACCAUCGAUGGGUUCCUCAUGAUUCUUUAUGUAAUUUUGAGAGACAACCAGAGCUUUCCCCGGGAGGUGGGCAUAUUCCUGGGUAGGCAGUUUGUGGAGCAUUUCCUCUACCUGAUGGACUCGUAUGACUACACCACCGUUAAGAUGCUGUGGAUCUGGGACAGGAUGUCCAAGAGGCAGUACCGCUCAGUGAUCCACCAUGCAGCGUUGGAGAUCGACCUGUUUGGUAAUGAACAUGAGAACUUCACCAAGAACUUGGAGACAAUGAUGUCUACCAUGCAGGAGAGUCUGUGCACCAACUGGAGCUGUCCUGCUCGUUUCCAGGAGUUCAUACAGAAAACCAUCAACAUCAAUCCUCCUCACGAGUUGCCCCCUAGAGAUCCCAUUCAGUCAGCUGUGGAUGAGUUCUUCUGUCCCAAGAUCAUUCUCUGCAAAGAACUGGGGUGUAAUGGGUUGAGGGAGUUCUCUCAGAGGGUCUUCUGCCAUGGACCACCUCCUUUUGUCAUUCUCAACAUGCAGCUUUGGAAGUCUGAGGAGCUGUCCUAUGUUCCUUACCAUCUAGCCCUAUCCCAACACAGGUACUCACUGGAGGGCGCUACACUCUUCAACAAGGAGGAGCAUCACUACUCUGCAGCCUUCCAGAUAGACGGCUACUGGAUGCACUAUGACGGGCUGAGGAGCGACAACCUGAUUCUGUUAAACAAGCCCCCUGAACUCCUCCUUCUCUCUUCCCUUGUCUACAUCCGCGCCUCAGACAAAUGAGAUGCACCAAUGUAACCAAGCAGGGAUGGGGUCGGUUCCAUUUUUCAUUCCAUCAUUUCAGGACGAAAAUAAAUUCUCCUGAAUUUACUUGAAUUGAAAAGGAAUUGACCCCAAUUGUGUCACCAUGGUCCAGAAGGAAGGAGGUAGAUACUAGACAACACUGAUAGGGAGGCAUCUUUUAAAAAAUGCACACUAACACCUUCCUGUUUAUUGCCCUUCAUUCACAGAAAUAGUAUCCAAGUUACUUUACAUUUGGCUCAUGAUGGUUUUGUCUUCCAUUCCUCAGUGAGCUCUUACCAGAUACUUUUAUCACCUAAUCAUAUUUAUUGAAAUUUUUAUCUAGUUUGAAAAGGCUUAUACCACAUUUCCAAACUUUUUAGGAGAUCAUGUCAACAACUUCCUUGUUUUUAUACUUUGAGAUUACUUUUUGGAAUUAUGUGCUCCAUUUUGCCUGACUGUUGCCUCAAACACUCACUGUGCAAAAUGAUAAGUUCAUCUUCUCUUUGGGCAUGCUUGGAAUCCAAGAAUAUAUGCAUGGACUAUAAUAGUUCUGGGGAGGUAUGCAUAUUAAAGAAUCAACUCAACCUUAAAUAGCUCCACUGCAAAAAAAUAAAAAAUAUUUUGCUUGCAGCCUGUUUAGUUGUCUUGGGUGAAAUGGUUGUACUUUCAGAGAAGCAAAUUCAGCUAAUUAAACUUUGAUGUAGAAUUUUCAACAGGGUAUAUAUAGGCUAGACUAGUGAAGCAUCUGAGAUUGUACAGGACUCAUCUACUACAAUCCUUUUGUGCAUACUAGCCCUGACCUCAGAUCAAACUGGUGCUUUUUUUUUGUACUAUUUCCCCUGUUUAAAAACAUUUGAAACAGUAUUUGCAUUUUGUGGAAAUUCAAUCAUUAUCCUUAAUUGACUUGCUUGUUUUAAGCUGUCCAUUGGGCUUCAACUUGGAAGUGAGUCACACAGCGUUAACUUGUAUUAAAAUGAAUACCUGCUCAAAUAUUUGUAUAUUGUGUGAAAAUCUAUCAUUGGAUAAAAUAUCAGUUCUGUCUUAAAUGUAAGUAAUUACUCGUACUUACCCCAGCAUAGUGAUGUUACAUAAGUGCUUCUUGAGUGCUUACCAUUCACAGUAGCAUAUAAUACCCUGAAUUCAAAUUAUUCUGCACAAUUCAACAAGGUACAUUGUUACAUCCCAAUCUAAACAAGAUGUCAAAGCAUUAGUAAAUAAAUGUGAUUUUGUAAUGCAUUUGAUCAUUUGGAAAUAACAUUACUGCUCAUCACAGGCUUCAUAUGCACAUAUGUACUGUUAAGCAUUGACCUCUGCCAAUAUCAUCUUUGUCAGAACUAAAGAAUGAAACUGUCUUUGAGCAACAAUCCUUGUUCAUGUAUUGAAUGGUGGGUUUUUCUUUCUUUCUAUGCAGUCAUUGAAGUUUUAAGCAAUACAAAUAUUUUUAUAUUCUA